GCCCCCAUUGGCGCGGGGGCGGGCGAUUCUACAACGUAUCACUAAGCCAACCAAGUAGUGAUCGGAAUCGAUAUUGGCUCCUCGAUAAGUUCUGACGUUUAACAGGCUCGACUGUCGUCGGCGGCUUAUUAACACGUGGUCGAUCUGGUUGAAGGAUUCGCCAUCCGGGUGCGCCAAUCAAGUUUAAGUAAUGUUAAAUGUAAGGGAGACAUUUCUUUCGCAAUUAAAAUAUUGCUUUAACGUCGAUCAUGGAUAAAUCGUACGGUACAUGCUUCGAAGAGGAUUGGACGUCUGGGGAAGGCAAAACACGAGGAGCGAAUAAAAACAAUUUGUGUAAAAAUACCUCAUCUCUCAUCAUACAAACACCAUUGUGUGUAGGUUUAUCCCUUCCUGUGAAUAUGUGCUGGAUGAUUUAUGAAUCAACUAAUGGACGGAAACUACACAAAUUAGCACAGUUCUAGCUUCAUGCGGGGUCCUUUCCAGCAGGCCAUGUUAACUGCGGCGUUGAACCGUGGCACACUUAUCACUCCAUUCAACAUUCAUCAUUUCAUGUAGAAAUCUUAGGUAUGAAAUCCUCUGUGCCCGUGUGCAUUGCCGAUUCUUUCCGGAAAAAACGAGAGCAAUUUUGGUUAUGGCGAUUGUGGACACGCUUUUCGUGUGACGGUCGACCACAUACUGGCAAGAACGAUCCAUUUCCAAUUUCCGAAAAGCUUCCCUGCCGUCGGCUCUCGACAUUGAGCGGCGGAAAAUGAAACGAAAGGAUUGAGGAAUAAAAUUAAUUAAUGUUUGCUGUCAGUCAGUCUAAUGGCUUAAGCUAAUUUCCAGGUUGUGACACACAAACAUACCCUUCCCAGACCCGUGGUGUCUAGGAGCGUUUGAACGCAUGAGCGAAAUUUAAUUUUAUAAGUAUGUUGUAAUCUAUUCUCUAUAUCACGCUUCGCAGCAUAGUUUGUGUGCGGUUUGCCGAGACGAGAAAAGUUAAAUUUCGAUUCAAAGGGAGAAAUAAAGCGGUGCAAUGGUGUAAAUUUGGAUAGAAGACAGUCGAUAUUAGCAGCUCAAAUAACAGUACGAGAGAGUUGAAAAUGCCUUCAAUGUUGCAAUCUGAUAAUUAGUUGAUAAGUGUACAUUUUAAAACACAACAAGUACAUUUUGAGUAUAGUGUACUUACAUACAUUUUGAGCGUACAUUUUGAAACACAAUAACUAAUAUCCAACGUAGAGUAGUACGUUGGCUACACAGCUAAUGAUUAACAAAUGACAAACUAUAAGACUCGUUUGUGACAUAUAUGACUUCAGCCAUAUUUGCUUAGUAUCUACAAUUUUUAAGUAUCUAUGGUCGGCUUAAUAUUUAUUUUCGUUUAAAGUAUGGAAUCCGUCCGUUCCGUUCAACCAAAUAACGGAACGAUAAUGAUUUCAUACAACUUUUACAUAAGUAUUACAUGUUUAAUUUUGUUGUCGAAUAUAACCGUAAGCAACUCAAAUUUAAAAUAAACACAAUGUUCCCAACAUUAUUAAAUAGUGAAAAUUAAGUUUAGAUAAAAAAAAAUCUCCCUCGUUGCUAUGAAAGGUUGUUUUCUCCAGUUUGUAUUCCCCUAUUUUUCCCCUAGUAUAUUACACCCUCGUAUUUAAAUGUUCACAAGCUCACAUAUCUCACCAUGCACAGCCUUAAAUAUUAUCAUACUUUGUGGGCAAACAUGAUUAAAAGUCACUACAAAGGGGAAGUAUUAAGUUUUCACUUUCACUGUUGUCUAGGAAUUCUGAUGACUGGACUUUCUCAUGUCUAAACGACAUUCCUCAUGAGUAAGUUUGUUCACAAACGCGUGAUGGUUUGUCGUGUCACUAUGGUGAGUCACCGAAUACCGUCUCGCUACUAGCUACGCUAGCGAAGGGGAAAACUCGUGUUAUGAAUCUCGGGUGCCUGAAAACUCACCAGAUUCCCCAUGGAAAUGUAUCUCGCUGGUGAGAUAUAUGCAGCUUCCUAAAAUAUCUCACCGAAUAUCGUCUCACUACUGCCUAAGCUAACGAAGGGGAAAACUCGUGUUAUGAAUCUCGGGCGCCUGAAAAAUCACAAUGGAAAUGUUUGCCGCUGGUGAGAUGUAUUUAGCAUCCUAAAAUAUCUCACAAUGGCAUCGGUGUCACCAAUACUAAAGCUGGCCAAUAAAAUUGAACAUAACACAGGAGAAACAAUUCGCAGCAUCCUAGUAAGAGAGUUUCGAUUGCAUGUUUUCUCGGGAGAUGCUUUUCGCACGAGCAAAGAGUAAAAUCAUCGGUAACUCAGGAGGUAACCCACGCGCCGAAUCCAAUCAAAACAGGAUACAACACCCCAAACACGACGGCAUCAUAGCCAACGCACGGAUGGAAACAUCCGCGCGAACAUUCGACGUCUGAAGCGGAGUCAGUCACUCGCGGAUACUGCACGCAGUAGGAUUCGUAUGUUUUGUGUAUUUUUGUAUUGUUCGUACAUCUACGCCAGGAUAGGUGCGAUGGAUCCAGAUGUCAUUGUGAAUGGUUAGGGGCAUGCAUUACCUUAGAUGUUUUGAUGAUGGUAUUACUUACCACAAUGUAAGUCGAAAAACCCCUAAGUGUUUCUGUCGGAGUGGCAGGUCUUGGAAAUCCGACUGUAAAAAAGCUCCCGGACAGCAAAUGGAUCAUAAAAAAAUGUGAAAAAAGUGUUGUGAAACAGAUUUGCAGUGAACUGAAGUUUGUGAAUGCGUCGGCAGCAGAACGUGCACCCAAUGAGGUCAGAGUUCUGGAUCCUCUAAACGUAAAAGAUUGUGUUUGUGUGAGUGUGCCUGUGUGCAUGUAAAAGAGCAAAUGUGAAACGAGUGAGUGCCGCUACUGCAAAAAACGAGUGUACGUAACCCCUAGCCCGGAAGCUGACCGAAAAUCAUUCUGAACCUUUGGUGAGUGUGGUGCGCGUUAGUGAGGUUCACAGGGAGAAUCCGAAAAAGAGGGUUCUCCCUUACUGUGGAGCAUGGGAACACUUCCGAGCGUAAUGGAUUUACGGCUUCCCAUCCUGUGGUUGCUGCUGGCGGCAGAACUGUCGCUAGGGCUGCGCAACGUACGAGUCACCGUCCCAACGGCUGUUCGCAGAGGCGAUCCGGUCCAUCUCUUCUGCGAGUACGAGCUAGAGGACAACGAGCGGUUAUACUCGAUCAAAUGGUACAAAGGCAAACGAGAGUUCUAUCGCUAUACGCCCCAGGUGCACCCGUCAGUGCAAGUAUUCAGUACCGUCAGUGGAAUCGACGUAGAGCGGUCACUUUCCAACGAAAGCCACGUCGUGAUGAAGGCGGUUGAGACAAACUACGCGGGGAAGUACAGCUGCGAGGUGUCGGCAGAUGCGCCUUCGUUCCACACGAUCAUCGUCUCAGGGGACAUGGAAGUAAUCGAGCCACCUAUUGAACAGCCAUCUGUGACGGGAGUGCAGGCGAGGUAUCGGCCAGGCGAUAUUCUACGAGCCAACUGCACCUCGCAUAAUUCGAAACCAGCAGCAAAUUUGACGUGGACGAUUAAUGAUGUACCGAUUCCGGCACAGUACGUGAAGCUGUACCGACCUAUAAGGGAUACGUUCACUGGACUGGAGACUUCCAUUGCCGGUGUCAACUUUAUGGUGGCGCACGAUCAUUUCGUAAAGGGAAAGCUGAAGUUGAAAUGCUCUGCCUCUAUACACCAGCUAUAUCAUGAGACCAUCGAACAGCUCGUGCCGGAAGAUCGGCCGCGGAUAUUGGCAACAGGCGUAUCGGCGAGCGGGCACAGCAUCAGCCUCUACCAAGGCACGGUACACGAGUCCGAACAGACGGAUCAGAGCGACGCCUAUCUCACCGUGAACGGCUACAAAGCGGACAAAUCAUCCCCGCUCGCAUCGUCAUCCGGCAGUUUGCAGAUCGAUUCCUACGUUAAGGUGUGUUGGGUAACGUUCUACAUCUGCAUCAUCUGUACCGUGAUGGUAUACUCGAUACGCUAUCUGAUGGUCACCUGACCCCAACAGAGGGAGGCCAAGAGCGGUGCUGGAUCGGCCAAUGUCUCCAUGGCAGAAGGUACGGCACUCGAGCUGGAUACGCUUCCGAGCAGUUAUCCUGUUCCACCGCCCCCGUCUGCAGCCACCAUUUCUUCGCCGGCCCUCGUCAACCUGGACAGCUGCGUCCUGUUCGUUCCAAGGUGAUGCAACACGUUGCGAACCAGUGUGCCGAUGACUGUGUGCAUACCUUUGUUUCGUACUUCCGCCCCAAGGCAAUCGUUCAACCGACCGGCCAGUCGGUUUGGUGAAAAUCACAAAUCUCAAAAACAAGCUUAAAAAUUGGGUUACUGUAAAUGUGUUUUCCGGUACACAGGAACGGCAUAAAAUUGCUACAUCGACGCAAAUACGAAUAGCAAAACAUUAUUGCUAUCAUGAAGUUCGUAGUAAAUGAUCCAACUAAACAUGGAGGUUUAGUUUAUUCCAGCGUACAAACAUCUACUUUUAUAGCAUGAAUGGGACAGCUGCCAUGACAAAGGUGGCGGGUUGAUGAAUUGAUCAGAAGGUUUUGUCAAUAUGGGGGAAGUGAUGUGUCUAGGUGAUAACAAUACAACAGUUGCAUCAUUGGUACUGAACAAAUCUUUACGUUACCUUCUCUUUAGGUACAAUUUGUAAAAAGUUUUAACUAAAUGUACAUAAAACGCUACUAUCUUGCUUGUCCCAACUCCUGUCGUUUCCCUUCCUUUUCCCCCUUCCCCACCUUUUGCGACACAGUCAAAUGAAUUUUAAUGUAUCGUUAUACAGCGUAAGCUAUGGUGUAAAAUUUAGUCCAUCGAAUGAUAGCAACGGUUAAGAUAUAGCACGUACAAUGAAGCGAACAGACCGAAACCUGUGACGCGUUGAGUAAACAUAGGCAAACAAAACAGGUUUAACUAGCUAAAUAUAAGAUACUACGAUCUGUAAAUAUGCAUACACCCAAGCAAGAAUGUAGAAUACCUACCGACAAGCAAAUGGAACGUAAAUGGCCGUACUCAAAUACAAACAAGCAGAAUACAAUGCAUCCUUUAACCGUACCAAGUAAAUGUAUGCUUACCUUGCGUUUCAUAUCGGGUAGAUCACCCUCACACAAAGGGGUUUUCAGUUACUGGGCUUGAAUUACCUGUAAUAGAUAAACAUGUAUCAAUUUGUUGUUCACUACCAAACAGAAAAGAAACAAAUAAACUGACAGAUGGAAAUAAACUA